GUAUUCUUUUAUUCGCGAGCAGGUGAAAAUAUUGUAAAGAAAAAUAUUAGAACACGUCGGUUGAGUCAAAACUUUAAAAAUGUAUAUUUAUUAAAAUAAGGUGUGAUAUUCUUUUUCGUUUCUUUUGGCUAAGACAUGGCGUUUGAUACCACGAUUUGAACUGUACAAAUUUUUGUGUUUUAAAACGUGCAUACCAGAUUUUUUUUCAACACGAAAUGAAACGAAAAACAAAAUGGCGAAAGAAAAGCAAGAGAAAUAUUUCUGAACCAUUUCCAGUAACGGAAUGUGUAGACUAUCAAAGACUGUUUUCGUUUCCGUUGCCAACCAACCAUGGGACGGUAGCCGAUAUUAACAAUAAUUUUGGUAAUACUGUGUCAUUUUUCAAGUCUUUACAACGAAGAAAGUCACUGCCAGCAAAUUUUAUAAGAAAGAAACCCACAUUGCUAUUUCGAGGUUUGGACCCUGUCUACGAUAAUAGAAAAAAUUUUCAGCCCAGAGAAGAAAAUGUACUGUUAACUCCGUCUACGGAGUCGCAAAUAUCUACACACAGCGAAUGUUGGAAUAGGAACCCGGACGAUGCAUCUUUACAGUCAGUGUCAUUACUAACGACUUCGCUCCCAGAAAAGCCUCCAAGGCGUUCAGAAAGAAAACAAUUUACUUGUCAAAAUAAAGAUUGUAGUAAAACCGAAGUUUUGCUCGGUAGAAUACAAAUGGAGUUUAAAUCAUGCAAGUAUUGCUUCACGCAUUACUGUUCGGUAAAAUGCAACUUACAUAGUUACCAUGGCCACCUGAAUAUUUGUUACUAUGGAAAAAUAAACUAUUAUUUAAAUAAGACAGAAAGUAUUUUAAGAGAGGAUGAAAAAUACAAUCACCAUUAUUAUCAAUACUCUUGGAAUGGUUAUAAAACAUCAGAUCGAGGGUGUCUAUUUUUAGUAUUUUUGUCGCCACAAAAUCUUUUCGAUUUUAUUGAUCAUGAAAAACACGUAAAGCCGUCGUAUUCAAGCAGUGUGAAAAUUUUGAAAACAACGACUAAUUCAGAGUACCAAAGAAACAUUUUAAAAGUUGUUAGCGGGUAUGAUCCGUUGAAAGAAUUUUUAAUCAAUGUAGCUGUUGUUGUUGAUAAAGUUAUCCCUCUUGAACCUUUACCACGGCUAAGAGACAAAUGCUUAAAGAGGUUACUAGUGAUUCCAAUUACUAGUCCUGCUGUUUCAACAAGUGGAAUUUUAUUUUCAGAAUUGGCAGCUAAGCAUGAAGAUUUAGUUCAGUCAAGAAAUACAAACAAGACAGUGAAGCUAAGCCGAAAAUAUAGUCGAAGCGAAACAUUGUAAAUGAGGAUUUUGUUGUUUCAAUAACAGUCCCAGUGAUAUUAUGUGUACCAGAGUUGGCGAAUAUGAUUUAAGAAAUCAACAUGUAAAUGAAAACUACAAGCAACUCAAAUACAGCUUAUAUGCAGUAGUUGAUUUUAUUUUUAUAAGCAGUUAAAGCCGCCAUUUAAGAAUGUGUACAUCAUCUAACUAUUCAUACUCAUGAAAAAAAUAAAAAAAUAACAAGAGUUAAAAGAAUUGAAAAAUAAGAUUUUAGAAAAAAAAAGGAUUCGGUUUGUAUCGUUCUGGUUUGAAGUGCUUUCUCAAGUCUCACAGCGACUUUAACUUUUCAUUUUGAGUUUUUAAAGAUUAUUUACAAUCAAAUUAUUCGUUUACAACCAAAUUAUGCGAACAUAAUAUUUUUCUCCUUUCAAUAGAGUAACUUCGAAUUAUUGUAUAUAUGGCAAAUAAUUAUGUUGAGAUAAUGAACUUUAUUUUCGUGAAUGAGUAAGAAUUCAUUUAUAAAAUCAUUGAUAAAAUUUAAACCAACAUGAGAAUUAUAUUUCUUAUCAUGUUACUAAAGAAAAGAAUGUUUCUGAUAUAACCCCUUUAAUCACACGAUGACCUAUUUUUUCUUGUUUAGCGCUUCUUCUACAGUGCAAAAUAUAUCGUAAUUGAACUCUGCUGAGUGCAAUUAUUUCUUA